AUGACUCAACCGGUCACUCCUAUGUUUGAAUGCGUUUUAGAUUCCCACCAAUAUAUAAAGUCUGCAAAAGUGGUGUUGGGAUACAGCCUCUCAUCGGCAGCCAUGGGGACUUAUAGGCUGCUGCCACUAGCCAUAGGACUGGCCUUGCUCGCAGAUCUCCAUGCUGUAGCGCCUGUCGGCCAGGAAUUCAUCACAGCCUUCAUGCAAAAUUACCAGUUAGACUAUUCAGAGGCUGAAUUUCAGCUUAUCAUCACUGGGGAGUUUCCCCUCACUACUGUUAACGUCUUAGUCUAUAAAUCCACCUUCCAGAAAGAGUUCUCGCUUCCCCCAGGAGAGACCGUGGUAGUGAAGCUCCCUACUUAUGUAGAGAUGUGCCGGAAGAAGGAAACCAGCAAAAUACAAAAUGGCCGGAAGGUGUGUGUGCCUCAAUCUUUUGCCACUUGCUGGGCUCGGGGUGACCCCCAUUACCAGACGUUUGACAUGCGGAAAUAUGACUUCAUGGGCACCUGCACCUAUACCGUAGCCAAGACCUGUGGACCAGACACAACUCUCCCGGUCUUCCAUGUCACCAUCAAAAAUGAGAAUCGGGGCGUGAAGAGUGUGUCCUACGUUGGACUGGUGAUGAUCCAGGUCUACGGAUAUGACAUAGCGAUAGCCAGGAAGGAACAUGGGUUUGUGAGGGUGAAUAAUCAGCGCUUCCGAUUGCCUGUCUCCCUGAUCAAAGAUAAAUUAUGGCUCUUCCAAAGCGGGACCUCUGCCGUACUUGAGGCGGACUUUUCACUGAAGGUGACCUAUGACUGGAACAGCAACUUUGCAGUGAAGGUUUCCAGCAGUUUCUUUGAGAAUGUUUGUGGCCUGUGUGCUUUAUCCUGCCCCGAGAACAGCAUCUAUAAUAUCUGUGGGCCGGACUGUCCUGCCACUUGCAGUAAUGAAGCUCUUCCAUCCACCUGUUCUUCUUCACAAUGUGUGGAAUCCUGCCAGUGUGAGGAUGACUUUGUGAUGGAAGCUGGGAGGUGCAUCCCACGAGCUGACUGUGGCUGCUUCUUUGAGGGUCGCCUCUUGGCUCCCAAUGAGGAGUUCUGGGGAGACACCACAUGCACAAAACGCUGCACCUGCGACCCACAGACCAAGGGGGUGACAUGCCAGCCCACCAAGUGUAGCCAGGAAAAGCAAUGUCAGGUGAAGAACGGCAUCCAGGACUGCUAUCCGGUGAGGUAUGGGACCUGUUCUGCCAUCGGCCACUCCCAUUAUCAUGGCUUCGAUGGCCACAGUUUUAACUUCCAGGGCACCUGUCUCUACACAUUUGCCAAGCUGAGUCAGAAGAAGCCAGGUUUGGUGGAUUUCAACAUUUUGGUCCAGAACUCACAUCACGGGGGCUGGUCUGGGACCCCUAAAAGGGUGGUCAAGAUUGAAAUUUACAACCUGGAGAUAACUUUCAGCUGGGCAUAUCUGGGCAGAGUUAUGAUUAAUGGCCAGCUCACCAAUCUGCCCUACAAGGUGGGCCCAGAUCACAUUAUCAUCUACCAAAAGGGUUGGGACACUGUGUUCCAGGCAGAUUUUGGCCUCAUGGUCACCUUCAGCUGGCACAGUCAUCUCACAGUCACUUUGCCAACCACUUACCAAGGUGCCCUGAGUGGACUCUGUGGCAACUUCAAUGGAGAUAAACAAGAUGACACAACAUUGAUUAGUGAUGGGCAAGUCACCAAACUGACAGUUUUUAGCCAACUCUGGAAGGUGGCCAAGUUCCCUGGCUGUGGAGAAGUCAGCACAAAAGUAUGUCCAGACUUACAGAGAGUGGCCCAGCAGCAACGAAGCAUUAGCACCGAAUGUGGACUCCUGGUGGACAAGCAAGGCCCAUUUAGGGAAUGCCAUGGCAAAAUCAAUCCAGAGAUGUUUUUCCUUGACUGUGUGUAUGACUACUGCACAUCCAACAGUCAAACAUCUGUACUGGUCUACAUCAUUGCUGCUUAUGCAUCUGCCUGCCAAGCUGUGAAAGUGACCAUUUAUACCUGGAGGAUCCUUAUAGUCUGGAGCACCUGCUCUUACAUCCUGGCAAAGACUACUAUUGAAAGUGAUCUGACUCCCUUUAUUGUCACAGCAGAAAAUGAGCCUUGGGGGAAUGGAAAAGUCUCAGUCAUUAAGCAAGUAUCUGUGGAAGUCUACGGCUUCAAACUGACUCUGAUCCAUAAGAAAAAGGGACAGGUCCAGGUGAAUGGGGUAUUCCGGUCCCUCCCCAUUGAAUUUUCUGAAGGACGUCUCAAAGCCUUUCAACAUGGCACUAAGGUCCUGAUAAAAACCAGCUUUGGCCUUGUUGUGAGCUAUGAUCUGGUUUACCAUGUGAGAAUUACUGUCUCAAGCAGCUAUCAGAAGCAGGUGCAAGGUCUGUGUGGCAACUACAAUGGGAUGAAGGAUGAUGAGUUCAUACUUCCCAAUGGGAAGAAAACUACUGAUGUGGCUGAGUUUGGUGCUUCCUGGAAGGUUUCAGUCCUUGGGGCGGGAGGACCUUGUUCAGACGGAUGCUCCGGGAGCAACUGCCCAACGUGUGAUGAAGAAAAGAAGAAGAUUUUCAAACAGCGCAACUACUGUGGGAUCCUCACUGCCUCAGAUGGUCCCCUUCAUGGCUGCCACAGCAAGGUGGACCCCAGUGUGUUUUUCAACGACUGCAUUUAUGAUUUGUGCCAAAGCAACGGAGACAGCCAGGCCUUGUGCCAAAGCAUUCAGAGCUACGUGUCCGCCUGUCAAGAAGCCAAGGUCCUUAUCCAGCCAUGGAGAAGUCCAUCUUUCUGCCCUUUACAUUGCCCUCCCCACAGUCACUAUGAGGAAUGUGCUGAUUUUUGUACUGCUGAUUGCUCUGGGCUCCGAAUAUGUCCUGAAACCUGUGCUGAAGGGUGCCAGUGUGAUCUUGGAUACGUCUUUGACGGGCUCAACUGCGUCUCGGUGGAGAGCUGUGGAUGCUUUGGAAAUGGAAGUUAUUAUAGGCCCAACGAGAUGGUCCUGCUUAACGAAUGCCAGCAAAUCUGCCAGUGCAUCCCUGGGAAGGGCCUCGUGUGCAAAUCUUACCACUGUUCUUCUGAGGAAGACUGCAGGGUCCAGGAUGGAAUUGUGAGCUGCAUCAAUAAAGAUCCGUGCAAAACCUUACAGUGUCGGACCAAAGAAACAUGUAAGGUAAAGAAUGGCAAAGUCUCGUGUGUCCCGACUUACAAUGAGACCUGCUUUGCCUGGGGAGAACCACACUAUCACACUUUCGAUGGGUUGAAGGUGGACUUCCAAGGGACUUGCACUUACACCCUGGCCAAGUAUUGUGGCAAUGACACCAGGCUGGUCCCAUUUGUGGUGGAUCAGAAGAAUGAAAAUCGGGGCAGGCAGGAUGUCUCUUUUGUGCGGCUGACCAAUAUCUAUGUCUACGGAUACAACAUCUCCAUCCGCCGGAGGCACUCGGGCAAAAUCUGGCUGAAUGGUGUUAUCACAAACCUGCCUGUGACCCUGGAGGAUGGGAAAAUCCAUCUUUUCCGGAGUGGUGUGAGUGCCAUCAUGCAAACCGACUUUGGACUGGUAGUAUCUUUCGACGGGGCGUCCCUCUUAUCCAUCACCCUCUCCAGCAGCUACUACGGUUCCCUCUGUGGCCUCUGUGGGAAUUUCAACCAAAACCCAAAGGAUGACAUGAUGACAGCUGCAGGGGACAAGGUGAAUUCAGCGGUGGCGUGGGCCGCUAGUUGGCAAGUGAAGGAUCGCGACCCGUUCUGCUGGCAUUACUGCAAGGGCAACUGCCCCACUUGUGAGGAGAGCAAGCAGCAACUCUUUGGAAGUGACAAAUUCUGUGGGCUCAUCACCAAGUUGGAGGAGGGUCCCUUCCAGAAAUGCCACCCCAAGUUAAACCCUGAUGACUUUUUUGACAGCUGCAUUUAUGACGUCUGUCUCAACGGGGGUGCCAAGAGCAUUCUGUGCAAAGCUCUAGAGGCUUAUGCAACUAACUGCCGCACAGAAGGUGUGAUCAUUACAGACUGGAGAACACAAAGCGGUUGUGCUUUGCCCUGUCCUGAGAACAGCCACUAUGAGUCCUGUGGAAGUGGUUGCCCAAACACCUGCUCUGAGCGAUUGGCUUCCACAUCUUGUGAGAUGUCCUGUGUGGAAACCUGCCAAUGCAAUGAAGGCUACGUGCUCAGUGUAGAUAGAUGUGUCCCUGUGGGGAGUUGUGGCUGUACCUACAAUGGCCUCUACUACAAACCGGAGCAGGAAUUCUGGGGGGAUGAGAACUGCUCCUCUCUCUGCAGGUGUGACCCCAAGAUAGGCAUCGUAGUGUGUGAGCCAGCCAGCUGCAAGGCUAGCGAAAUAUGCGGCAUAGUCAACGGCAUCCAAGAUUGCCAUGCUAUCAGCUUUGCCACAUGCACCAUAAUGGGGAAUCAUCACUAUGCCACUUUUGAUGGGCAGAAAUAUGACUUUACUGGCACUUGCCUCUACCAACUGGUUGGCUUCUGUGCCAAGGAUCCUGCUCUCACCCCAUUCACCAUCAAGAUCCAGAACAGCCAAGGCAGGAAGAUCUUGCCAUUUUCUUCUGUUGUGAUCUUGGAAGUCUAUAAUAUGAUCAUUACCAUCAGCCAGGAGCAUCCUGACACCAUCCAGGUUGAUGGAGUAUUAGUGGACUUGCCCUUCUACUAUGAAGACAAGAUCCAGGCCUACCUUAGUGGAAAUCAUCUUCUUAUCAAGACAGAGUUUGGCCUUUCUGUGAUCUUCAGCUGGAAUAGACUAGUCCACAUCACAGUUCCUGGCAACUAUCUCAAUGCAAUUUGUGGUCUCUGCAUUAACAGCAGUCAAAAACCUGGGAGAGAGUUUACCAUGAAGAAUGGGUCCCCAGCAGCCAAUUUUAUACAGUUUGCUGACAGCUGGAAAGAAGGAGAGAUCCCUGGUUGUGUGAAUGGGUGUACCAGCAACUGCCCAGGUUGCAGUGAAAACGAGAAACAGAUCUACAGGAAGGACCACUACUGUGGGAUCCUCUCCAGAAAAGAUGGACCAUUCAGGCAUUGCCACACAGCCAUCGACUCAGCUCCUUACCUUGAUUCUUGUGUCUUGGAUGCCUGUCUGUACAAAGGACACCAAAGCAUCUUGUGCGGUGCCAUUGAAGCCUAUGCAACAGUGUGCCAAGCACUGGGCAUCCAGAUUGACCAAUGGCGGUUGGCCUCCUUUUGCAGUCCUUCCUGCCCCCGCAAUUCUCGCUAUGAACUCUGUGGAGAUGGCUGUCCUGUGACCUGUCAUGGCCUCUCAGCCCCUGAUGAAUGUGAGACGUCCUGCAAAGAAGGCUGUUACUGCAAUGCUGGGUUUGUCCUGAGUGGAGAUGAGUGUGUCCCAAUAGGGGAAUGUGGUUGUCUGUACCAGGGCAGGUAUUAUAAAAAGGGUGAUGAAUUUUACCCCAGUGCCUCUUGUGAAGACAAAUGUCGUUGUGGAGAAAACGGUGCCGUAGCAUGUCAGAAGAUCUUCUGUGGGGCUCAGCAGCAAUGCAGGAUUGAGAACGGGAAGCCAGGUUGUCAUCCUCGCGGCUGGGGCAAAUGCAGUGUGACCAGUGGAAGCCACUACCUCACUUUGGAUGGAGAGACCUUUAACUUCCUGGGGUCUUGUUCUUACACUUUGGUCGAAGUCUGUGACAGGGAUCCUGAGCUGGUCCAUUUCUCAGUGGUGGUGGAGAACGAGAGCAAUCAGGAAGGCAAAGUCAUGCCAAAGACGGUUGUCAUCACUCUUCGAGGUUAUGUCAUCAGACUUGUGAGAGGAAUCACCUGGCAAGUUCAGGUGAAUGAAGAAGCCUAUCUGCUGCCACUCGUGAUAAAGGGAAGAUCAAUUUUAAUCCAUCAAGAGGGGAAGAACAUUGUGGUCCAGACCAACUUUGGUUUCAAGGUUCUCUAUGAUUCUUCCCAAUACAUCCUUGUGAUCGUCCCUAGCACAUAUCAAGGAAAAGUAUGUGGCUUGUGUGGCAACUUCAACGGGGAGAGACGAGAUGAAUUCCAACUGCCUGAUGGAAGCAGCACCUCCAAUGUGACCACGUUUGGAGCCUCCUGGAAAGUGUCAGGGGGACACCUCCGUUGUGCUGAUGACUGCAGGCAGAACUGUCCCUCCUGUAAAGCUGCCGAGAUCGGACCAUAUCAGGUGGAGAGUUCCUGUGGGCUGAUCAAGGCCCCCUCAGGCCCUUUUGAAGCCUGCCAUCUCCUGGUGAAGCCUGAAGAAUAUUUUAAUUUCUGCCUGUAUGAAAUGUGUGCUGCACACGGAGCCAAAGAGGCUCUUUGCCAAAGCCUGCAGGCCUAUGUAGCUGUCUGUCAAGCAGCAGGAGCCACUAUCAAGAGCUGGAGGACGGCUGCCUUUUGCCCCUUAACUUGCCCACACAACAGCCACUACGAGCUGUGUACCAGAUCCUGUGAUUUUACCUGUGCUGGACUAUCUUCUCCCAUCCAAUGUACUGAGAAAUGCUUUGAAGGCUGCCAGUGCAAUGAUGGCUACGUUUCUGAUGGGGAAAAGUGCAUAUCCAUGGACAACUGUGGCUGUGUACAUCAUGGACGCUAUAUGAAGGCUGAAGAAAGCAUUCACUCCAGGGAUUGUUUGGAAAAAUGCACCUGCCAUGUGUCAGGCCAGCUUGUCUGCAACAAAACCAGCUGCCCCAAAGGGGAGGUUUGUGCACUUCGAAAUGGCCGACAUGGUUGCUUCAAGCAGGAAGCGGAAUGUCACCUCACCUUAGAAGCAGAACUGACCACCUUUGAUGGUGCCUCUGGGACAAUACUUUAUGACGGUGCCUAUGUGAUGGCCUCUCUCUGUGACGAAGCAGCCCAGAUGUGGUUUCGGCUAGUGGUGGAUUUCAGGAGCUGCAAUGGUAAAAUGAGCUCCGUUUCUGCAGUCUACAUCUUCUUCCGAGAGGCUGUUCUUGCUAUCAACCAAGACAAGGAAGCUUGGGUGAAUGGGCAGCAGGUGGAACUCCCAGCUUCCCUUUUUAAAACUGUGUCUGUAACCAUCUCUGAAGAUGUUGUCACAAUUAGACAUGGGACAGCUCUUCAGGUUCUCUUUGACAUCAAAGGAGAAGUGGCCGUGAAGGUCAAAGACAGCUUGGCAGGCAAGCUAUGUGGAUCCUGCAGAAACUUCAAUGGCGACAUCUCUGAUGACCUUAUGCUACCCAAUGGUCAAGUUGUAGGGGACAUUUCUGAGGUGAUUGAUGCAUGGAAGGCCAGAGACUUCGUCAACUGCAAGCAGUAAUUCAAAAGUUCGAUCCAGACCAUCAACCUCCACGAGUGACUGUGGCUCACUGCUGCUCUGCCCUUAGAGACGGUUUAUCUGCAAAACCUCAAGAAGGCACUGUAAAAACAC